AUGUCAGAGUCUAUGGACACUUCUAAUACAUCAGCUAGAAAUGAUCAAUAUAUCAAUACAUAUUAUGAUUAUGCAAAUAAGUUAGAUUCAAAUCCAUCAUUCCCAGAUGACGAUAAAUUAUAUUCAGAAAUUAUCGAUUUGUCAAAUAAAACCAAACAAACAAAAAGAGUAGCACCACAAUUUAUUUCAAAAUAUUUCAAAAGAUUCCCAACCUAUCAAGAAAAAGCUAUUGAUUGUUUAAUUGAUUUAUUCGAAUCAUCAGACGAAGAUGUAGUUAGAAUUAAUGCAUUAAAAGUUAUUCCAACAAUUUGUAGAGAUAAUAAUGAUCAUAUUGGAAGAUUAGUCGAUAUUUUAUGUCAAAUUUUAAGUCAAGUUCUUAGUACAGAUUCAAAAAUCGAAACAGAACACACUAAAAAUUCAGUUGUUGAACUUUAUAAAUUAAACUCAUUAACUACAGUAAAUUCAUUUUUAUCAUUUUUAGAAGCUAAAGAAAAUGGUGAUGAUCAAGAGUUACAAACUUUUACAGUAUUUUUAAAUUUUAUUAAAGAAAAUCUCAUUCCAUUAAUCAAAGCCGAAUAUAGUAAAAGUUCACAAGAAACCCAAACUUUCUUCAGAGGUCGUAUUAUAAAUCUCAUUGCCAAAAGUGUCACUGCCAUAGAAACCGAUAUCUUCUUUGAUCUUUUAGACUGCUUCCCACAAUAUAAACUUGAAGACGCUAUUGCCUCUAUUGAUCAAGUUGUGCCAACUUUAGAGUCCCAAUCAUUAGAAAUUUCAAAAAAGAAAAUUAUUAAUUUUACCAAAUCACUUAUUUAUAAAUCAAAGAAACCACAUUCAGAAAUUAAUUGUAAAAUAUUUGAACUAUACUCAAAAAAAGUAUUUUCUGUCAUUGGUGAUUUAGAUGAGACCAGUAAAACCGAAUUACUUUCAGUAUUUGCACAAGCAUGCCCACAUUUACCACACGAUAUUGGAUUACAAUUUUUAGAACCAAUUUUCAUUCUUUUCAAAUCUACUGUGCCAUCAAAAACCACCACUCCAGUCGGUGAUGUUGAUUUACCACUCACCAUUAUUGAAGCUUUAUUAUUCUCACUCUCAUAUCUUGGAUCAUUAUCAAUUUCUUCACUCGCUAAACUUUGUGGCUAUAGAGUCAUUACUGGUCAACCAAGUGAUAUGAAUACAGAUCCAGCUAAAUUCGAAGAGCUUCUAAGUAGAUUUAGAUUUUUAGACGAAAAAUGCAGAGAAACUUCAAAUAAAGCCAAAAAAGCAAUGCCAAGUCUCAAUCAACUAAAAGAUAAAACACAACUUAAAUUUGUAAAGAAAACUCAAGUUGCUACAGAUAACAUUCUUGCUAUCAUUCAAAACCUAUCAAAGAAUCCACCAACAAACCUUAAAAUUGAACAGCUUACAAUUUCCUCAACCAUUUUUAAAAAAAAACAAUUCCAACAACAAUUAUAUAACAAUAACCAACAAAACCAACAAUUUAAAUUUAAUCCAAAUCAACAAAAGAAUUUCCAAAUUAAGCAUCAUCAGCAACAACAACAACAGCAACAACAACAAAAUCAACAAAAACCAAAAUCAACUCGUUACUCCCCAUAUGUCACACCUGGCAGAAGAGGUCACGAUCAAAAAUCAAAAGAAAAACAAGAACAAAGCGGUGGUCUUGAAGUACAUUAUACAUCUGAACAUAGAACUGGUAAACCUUCUUCAUUUAGAGGCAGAGGUUCAAAAAAUUAUUAA